UCGUACCUGCUUCGGCGCGCCCGCUGCCAGUCCGAGCUUGCCCGACCUCACGACGCGACACUUCGCACGCGACCCCGACCCGCACGCGAACCUCGGGACCGACUCCGCUCAACCCUCCCGUGCGAUAACUGUCAAGGCAGCCAGUGCAGUUACACAGUGCGAACAUGCAAGUGUUAACCCCUUUGCUGUUGGCAUGCGUUUUGUGCGGAGUACGCGGCGUGAUCAGGACGCCGUUGGAGGCCUUCAGACCGUCCGCGGAGAUCCACUUCAGGAGACCGGACAAACUGCCGUUGCUCCCGCACAGGCGUACCACGGCGCCGCCGAAGAGCGGCCUCAAGAUUCUGUACCAGACCGGGGGUUCUGAGGAGGAUCUGCCUGAUUGCAGACCUCGGCAAGUUUGCAGCAAAGUUGACUUAUACGACGCCGCGCAGCCGUGGAUAGAGAAGAAAUGCCGGUGUUUGGGGCACAGACCGUGUUCUAGCGAACUAAGCACGGACGACAACCACACACUGGCAGACAAGACAACCCUGUACAAGACAUGCGAGCCAGUCAAACGUUUGCCCAAAUGCCGCUACUUCAAGGACGCCGCGUGGGUCAUAUACACGUUCCCUGACAGUAACGCGACACAGCAGAUCGUCAACUGUCACUGCCCCAAGCUGUCGGUCACGUAUCUGCUGAAGAAACUGCCGUACGUGACACCUAGCGGCGAGCAGGGAAACCAGUACCAGUUCGCGUGCUCUCCGCAGAGUAGGCUCCGUUGCUCAAGAAAAGAGCCCUGCAAACUCUUCAGCGCGAGGAGACGACACGAGCAAAUCGACGAGGUAAACGCCAACACGAUCUGCCAAUGUCCCAGGGAACACACGUGUCCCAGGCACCAUACAGAGCCUGGGGUCCUCGCAGGAGUCACCUACGCUUCAGAAGACAUCCGCACAUACCACGGAUACUGCAUGCCGGAACCGCCUCCCGACACCUAUAGGUUCGUCGGUGAUAAGGACUGAAUUGCCAUGCACUAUCAUUUGGUUACAUCUGGAAUACUCGUAGGAUUGAUCUUGGAAUGCGAAAUGUUUAUUUUUAGUCAAUGGACUUCAAUUAUCUAUGUAUCAUUAUUACAUAAACUUGAUUAUUCGAAAUUUGUAUUCCAUUCGUUUUAGAAAUUUUAUAUGUCUUAUACAAUGACUGGAUCAAUCUUAUUUUUACCGGAUUUCGCAAAUUAUAUAAUAAGUUUAAUAUCGCUUUGCUCAUUACCUGUCUAGUACAAAACGAAAUGUAUGGUCAUGAAGCGUGUUUGAUUUUAAUAUUGUUUAUGUAACUUAAGUUAUAGCUUCAUUUAAAUUGUGAUUUUAGAUUCGUGAAAGUUUUGCAGGAUAUAAGAGCAGUUUAUGCCAAAUUUCUCGUCAAAUUUGGCUGCCCAUCUCAUUAUAAGAGCUAAUGGGUUUAUUAGUGUAGCGAUGAAAAUAUGCUGUCAAAAUUGUAAUGUACAACGAUUUGUAAGUUAUUCAUUGUAAAUAUUUUGUUAGGGCUUAUGUGGACCGCUUUUAUACAGGAGUGUAAGCGUAUGAGUUGCGAACAUUUCUAUACAAUUCUAUAAUUUGUACAACAUCUUGUCUAGCAACUAACCUUUUUAAAUGACUGACAUUAAAACUCACUUGCACUCGUUUAUGAACGCGGCCCUACUUGUUUCUGUUACUAUGUAAAUAGAUGUAGUAUAGGAAAAUCAUUCCAAACGUUUAGUUUAAAUUAUUAUUAAUAAUAUAUUUAAAUAUUUACUUGCCAUACUUACGUAGUUUGUUGCGUUUGUUCAGUCUUCCACUGCAGUCGCGAAGGCUUUAGUUUUGUUCAUUGUUUUGUUUAUGUUAACAAAUUGUAUAAUAAUGAUUUCUUUUUUGUUAUACGAAAUCGACGUUAUUUAAAUUAAAAAUAAAAACGUAAUGAUAAGUUCUAAACAUUAAAUUAAAGCAUUCCAUAAUUACCUACGAUUAUAUUGUGAUAUAAAUGAAACAUUUUGAUAUUUAUUGACAUCAUUGAACCGUUUAUGGAAAUGUUUUAAGCGCUUAGAGCGGACAUAGUGAUCACAAUUCACAUGGCAUAUGCUUUAACGAAACGAGAUAAUAAUGGUAGCGCUUUUCCUAUUUUUAAAUUUGGAAUCAUAAAAUUCACAAGUUUGAGGAUGUGUGACUACAUGAUGACUUCACGUGAUUCCUUAUUUGAAAUUUAAAAUUUGGAAAUGGAAAGUUAGGACGGCGGAUUUUAAAUUUGGACUUGUAGUGGUUACGUUAUAAACAGUAUAUAAUGUUCAUUAUUUGCUAGUAUUGUGGUCAUCUCAAACCAGUGUAAUAUUGGUAUAUUUAUAUUAUAAAGCAAUUGUAAACCAAUGCUUGCGUUUAAAUGUAUUUAUGUAAAUACGACGCAUGUUGAUGUUUGUAUAA